CAACGAGGCCAACUUUAGCCCAGCUCCUCGUGCAGCGCGCGAGGUAGAAAAGGACAUCGCCGAUCAAAAUACGCACGCAACUAUUCAGCUGCGUUAAGAGACGACUGGGUGCAUCGUGGCAGAAAGCGUGUCUGCACGCGCCUUUCAAAGCAUUUGCAUACACUGGGUUGCAAGUUGUUACUCUUGUUUCAAUCACGCUAGGUGGAAUGGCGGAAUGUCACGCGCCGGUGGCUCGCGUGGCUAUUAUUGUUGCGCUUCUGAUAUCAGCAGCAUCGGCGGCAGGCGUGUCCACACUUAGCAUAUCUCCGGACUUGGCCGCCGUGCGCUCGGGUGUGGGUCGCGGCCUGCUGACCACUGCGUCUGGCUUCCCCUGGUGCCAGUGCAUUGACUAUGACUGCGCCUGCUCACCCUACAAGGUCAACUUUGAGUCUUCAACACAGUCGGGCUCCCUGACCACCACGUGCUUUUCCGUGGCCUACAUCGGCUGCAACACCAGCCGGGCCUGUUGCCGCGGCAUGCUGGCGGCGGUGGACAAGCUCACCUUUGAGACCACCGCGGCGUGCGGCGUCAAGUCCAACAUCGCUGGUAUCACCAUCAACGGCAAGAGCUGGCCGUCCUGGAACCCCUACCCCCAUCCCUCGGGCCCCGGCACCGGCUAUGAGCUGAAGAUUUACAACCUCAAGGGCAACAACGGCACCUUCCCUGGAUCCAAGAUCUGCAUCACCACCAAAGCGCCGUGCUCGUCUCUCAAGGACCUGUGCUCGUCCAGCCCGUCGGGCGAUUGCACGUACUCGUUUGCGGACACGUCCUCCACUACCUACUGCCCCAUCUGCCCCCUGAACGUCUACCCGCCGCCCCCGCCUCCCUCUCCGCAGCCGCCCUCACCGGGACCCCCUCUGCCGCCUUCGCCAGCACCCCCAUCACCAUCGCCUCCCCUAGCACCCCAACCACCGCCUACUCCUCCUCCCCCUCCACCCCCACCGCCGCCGCCCAGCCCCCCUGUUCCUCCGCCCCCACCUCCUCCCCCGCUUUCUCCUCCUCCCCCGCCUCCGCCGCCGCCGCCUCCACCUCCGCCGCCACCGCCCUUCCCACCCCCUCCUCCGCCUCCCCCUCCCCCUCCCCCGCCUCCUCCCCCCGCCCCUCCUCCGUUGCCGCCGCCCCCUCCGCCGCCGCCUCCUCCGCCCCCGCCCCCGCUCCCUCCUCCGCCCGAGUGCCCUGAAGUCUGCGCAACGGUGCAGAUCAUCCCGCCUGACUCCCUCUUUAGCAACGAGGUCCCGGCCAACAUUUUCACAUUCGACGGAACGGAGGACGUGGCGUGGCGGCACAGCCCACUUUUCCCUUGCAAGGGAGAGCCACCUUCUCUUGUCACAUUCGACGGACCCGACGGCGUGGACUGCGCCAGCUACGGCGAUUUCAUGGCGGCCACAUUUAACGAUAGGGCGUGGGAGGUGGGCGCAGACCUGUCCGCCGCAUUCGUCGUAACCUCCUGCAGCGGCCUCUGGAACCUCACGACGGGCAUCCGCCCCAACAUCACCGCCUGCGGCACCUUCGCCUCCAACGCCACCGCGCAGCUGUUCCAGCCCGAGGUGGGCGACGUGCUGGAACAGCUCGUCAACUUCAUAACCGGAGGUGCCUGCCCCGCCAACCUGGAGGGAUACACCAUCUCAGCCCAGAUCGGCGGCAUUGCUCCCUCCGGCGCCUUCGGCGGUGCCGAGCCCAGCUGCGUGGUAGGCCAGACCUCCCAGUCCUGCAAGGCCGACGCACCCGACGCGCCUCCGCCUCCUCCUCCUCCGCCUCCUCCUCCUCCGCCGCCGCCCCCGCCCAGCCCUCCUCCCCCGCCCCCGCCCAGCCCUCCGCCUCCUAGCCCUGCCCCUCCCACCCCGUUUCCCAAGCCCAGUCCCAGCCCCUCUCUGGUGAAGACGCACAUCUGCGUCCAGUCGACGAACAACAUUCCGUUUGCGAUCUCCGACCUGGUGCUUUCCCCCACCGUGGACCAGCUGGGCUUCCCCGCCGUGUCCAUGUGUGUGUCGGCCUCAAGCGCCACGUGCAGGAGGGGAGCCUUCUGCUGCGGGAUGGACUUUGCAAAGAUGGAGCUGCCCAUCACGACUGAUUGCAAGCCUGAGCUCCGCCGCAUCGUCAUCAACAACGAAGCCAGCAGCGCAUACAGCUGGGGAUUUUACGACUCCUUCACCACAUUGAAGUUCCCCUCGCUGACCAAGUCGCUGCCCGGCGGUCCCUACGGCGCCACGCUGUGCUGGGUGGUGCGGCCGGGCGCCUGCGCCGACCCCGCCAACUUCUGCCUCAACGGCCGCUGCCAGGUCAACAUCUUCUCUUCCGACAACAAGUGCUGCCCUGCGACGAUAGUAAACUAAGAAUGCUUGAGGCUCGAGAGGAAAGCAACCCAGGAGAUAUUACUGCGUAGAUAGAUGAGUAGACUACUGUCGAGACGAUGUCGUGGAUUGUAUUGCCCAGGGAAGGUAUUGCCGUUCCAAGUGCGCAUGGGUGGGGUGCCAUGGGCUUGUUCUCACCGCGCCGUGCCGGCACUGCAGGUUUCAUCGCAGGAUAGCGAGACAGUGUCAGUUGCGUUAAAGUGUGGAGACUGAGUAGAAGCAGGGUUUUAGUGUCUUCGCAAGCCCUUCUCGAGUAGGGACAGAAAUGAGCAGGCGGUCGUGCUUGUGCGGGUGUGUGUGCGGGUGUGCGCGCCUGCCGGCUUUCACGAUGCGUGAAUGCCUUGGUGCGUGUCCGAAUGCGUGUGUGUAUGUGUGCUCGUGUGUAUCCAGCCAUCGCUGGGGAAACUCGUCGUCAGGACAUCUGUCUGAGAUAUUGCGCGUGCGUGCGUGCACUUCGAACAGUCUAUGGUGCGCAGGCUGUCUUUCGUCAUAAGCUGUGGGCUCAGGCGACGCGUGUGCAUGCGUGCGGGUGUCGGCCACUCCAACCGCAACCUUGCCUUCUGCCACAUACGGUGCAGACGCAUGUGACGCAUGCAUAUGCCAGCCUUUCAAUAUGUGGUCCUCCUUCCUUCACGCAAACAUCUUCUUUCUGAUUCGAAACUGUGGACCGUUGGUCCCAAGCGGGGUUUGCAAGUUGGCUGUGCCCCGAAUGGGGUUGCUAUAAGAUUGCUGGACGGAGGGACAUCCCUGAGCUUGCGUCAUGACUGCCUCGGGAUGCAAGGCGUAAAUCAAUAGGCUUGGACCGCGUGACGCCUGACACCUUGCCACAGUUGGUGACUAGGACUGAUGAAGCUGGUAGGUCCUUGACUGACAUGCAUGGCAAAAUGGUCAAAGAUGCAGCACGGCAGGGCUGGGCGCUGCGCUGGCGUGUUUGCAAUUGACACGAGGUGCGUGCGGGAGCGCUUGCUACAUGGGCCGCCCCGUCAUUCUAUUUUUGCUUCAAUUGGGCUGAGCCCCCCCAGCGCAGCGUUCCAGGGGGGGGGCGAAGCCCCCCAGGAACACCCCUGUCCGUGGCUCGUGCGUCGGCAAAAAGUAUCAUACUGGAUCGCUUUGGCUGUUUUACUUGUUUGGUUGUGCCUCGUAGAAUCUAGGCAGAUCUCUAGAGCACGCGCGUGUCACGCUAGCCAGCUGACUUCACGCCCCUGGUCCGAUCCAGUAGUCCUGAACCUGAGCAAGCAAGCAGUGCGCUCCUGACUGCCCCUGCCCUCGCAUGUUGUGAUGUACAUUGAAGGGGGGACUGGUAUGUUGUGGUGUUUGAACUAUAGAAGGGGGACUGGCAUGUUGCGGUGUACAUAGAAGGGGGGAUUGGAUCGUGCGUGGCACCUGAUGUCAGGUGAGGUCGUACAGACGUGCCUUGUGUGUGUGUGUGUGUGUGUGUGUGUGUGUGUGUGCGGCCCUGCGUCCGUCCAUGUGCGCGUCUCGGGCCGGGCGCCGGCGCGGUUGCAGUGGCGCGCAACAGGCGCCUUGUACGGACGCUGCGACCGGCGGUCCGACUCAACAGCCAUACAUAUAUAGGAGUACAUGCGGGUAACGUGUAAUUGUGUGGACAU